AUGAUUUGCCAGGGGCGCCUGCAGGAAUUAAUGCUGUGCACUAUCAACCCCGGCACCAUCAACACCAGCACCAUCAACACAAGGACCAUCAACGACAAAACAAUCAACGCCGUCACUAUCAACAGCAGCACUAUCAACCCUGUCACCAUCAACAUCAGCACCAUCAACAACAGCACCGUCAACACCAGGACCAUCAAGACAAGCCACACCAGGAUCAACACCAGCAUCGUCAACACCAGCACCAUCAACUCCAGAACAAUCAAUAACAGCACUGUCAACACCAGCACUGUCAACAUCAGCAACAUCAACAUCAGCACCAUCCACACCAGCACCAUCAACAUCACAGCACCGUCAACACCAGCACCAUCAACAUCAGCACCAUCAACACCAGCAACAUCAACAGUAGCAACAUCAACAACAGCACUUUCAACCCCAGCACCAUCAACAUCAGCACCAUCAACACCAGCAACAUCAACAUCAACCAUCAACCCCAAAACCAUCAUCAGCAGCACAGUCAACGGCAGCACCAUCAACAUCAGCACCAUCAACACAAGCACGAUCAACAGCCGCAACAUCGACCCCAGCACUAUCAACCCUGUCAUCAUCAACAUCAACAGCAGCAACAUCAACAGCAGCACUAUCAACCCCGUCACCAUCAACACAAGCACCAUCAACAGCCGCAACAUCGACCCCAGCACUAUCAACCUCGGCACCAUCAACAUCAGCGCCAUCAACAUCAACACCAUCAACAGCAGCACUAUCAACCCCGUCACCAUCAACACAAGCAGCAUCAACAGUAGCACCAUCAACAUCAGCACAAUCAACACCAGCACCAUCAACAUCAGUACCAUCAACACACCAGAACAAUCAACACCAGCAGCGUCAACAUCAACACCAUCAACUGAAGUACCAUCAACAACUGCACCAUCAACACAAGCACCAUCAACAUCAGCACAAUCAACACCAGUACCAUCAACACCAGUACCAUCAACAUCAGCACCAUCAACACAAGCACCAUCAACAGCCGCAACAUCGACCCCAGCACUAUCAACCUUGGCACCAUCAACAUCAAGCACCAUCAACACCAGCAACAUCAACAGCAGCACUAUCAACCCCGUCACCAUCAACAUCAGCACAAUCAACACCAGAACAAUCAACACCAUCAACCAUAAAACCAUCCACACCAGCACUAUCAACAUCAGCACCAUCAACAGCAGCACCAUCGACAGCAAAACAAUCAACAACAGCACCAUCAACCCCAACACCAUCAUCAGAAGCGCCGUCAACCGCAGAACAAUCAUCGCCAGCACUAUCAACCCCCGUCACCAUCAACAUCAUACCAUCAACAACAGCACCAUCAACACAAGCACCAUCAACAGCCGCAACAUCGACCCCAGCGCUAUCAACCCCGGCACCAUCAACAUCAGCACCAUCAACACAAGCACCAUCAACUGCCGCAACAUCGACCACAGCACUAUCAACCUCGGCACCAUCAACUUCAGCACCAUCAACAUCAACACCAUCAACAGCAGCACUAUCAACCCCGUCACCAUCAACAUCAGCACAAUCAACACAAGCACCAUCAACACAAGUACCAUCAACACCAGCACCAUCAACACAAGCACCAUCAACAGCCGCAACAUCGACCCCAGAACUAUCAACCCCGUCUCCAUCAACAUCAGCACCAUCCACACCAGGACCAUCAACACCAACACCAUCAACAUCAGCACAAUCAACAGCAGCACCAUCAACAGCAAAACAAUCAACACCAGCACCAUCAACACCAACAGCAUCAACUGA